UUUCACCCACUCAGUUUCGCUUGCAUCGUCGUCAUGUUUGGAUCGCUUUUGCUGGGGAUUGCGACUUUGCUGGGUGUGAUCUAUGUGUUUCUGGUGUCCAACUAUGGCCACUGGCGGCGUCGCGGAGUCACGGAGCCCCGAGCCCUUCCACUUUUCGGGUCCUUUCCCAAUAUGGUGUGGCCACGCCAACACUUCACCAUGGACAUGCGCGAUAUCUACAUGCGGUACCGGAAUACCCACAGCUAUGUGGGUUGCUUCCUGGUGCGCGCACCCAAGCUGCUAAUUUUGGAACCCCGUUUGGUCUACGAGAUCUAUGUGAGCGCCUUCAGCCACUUCGAGGACAACGAUGCCUCUAAGAUGAUCGACAUUAACAAGGAUCGACUGGUCGCCCUCAAUCCCUUUGUUCUGGAGGGUGAAGAGUGGCGCCGCCAGCGGGCGGUAUUCUCCUCGUUGCUGACCAACGGUCGCAUCCGCACCACCCAUGCCAUCAUGCAGCGAGUCUGUCGGGAUCUCUGCGAGUUCAUCUCCAGGAAGUCGGUGGGCGGAAUGGAGCUCGAUAGCAUUGAUCUUGGCCUGCGCUUUACGGGUGAAUCUCUAUUCGACUGUGUUCUGGGCAUCCAGGCGCGCACCUUCAGCGACAAUCCACUGCCGGUUGUCCGGCAAAAUCAGGAGAUGUCCGCCGAGAACAAGGGAUUGGCCAUUGCCGGUGCCGUCUGUGGUCUCUUUCCAAAUCUUCCCCGCCGCCUGCGCCCCAAGGUGUUUCCCCGCUCCCACGAUCAAUUCUACGGGGCGCUGAUCAGCGAAGCUUUGCGCCUGCGCCGUUCCAAACACCAGGAGCGGAACGACUUCAUCAACCAUCUGCUCGAGAUGCAGAAGGACCUCGAUCUCAGCGAGGGGGAUAUGGCCUCGCAUGUCAUGACCUUUAUGUUCGACGGCCUGGACACUACUUCCAACAGCAUUGCCCACUGUCUUUUGCUGCUUGGUCGCAAUCCGGAUUGCCAGCAACGUCUGUUCGAGGAACUCCAGGAGUCCAAUCCCGGCGGAGACCUGCCCGAUCUGGACGCCCUCAUAGACCUGCCCUAUCUGAGUGCCUGCUUCAAUGAGAGCUUGCGGAUCUAUCCAGCCGGGGGCUGGUCCUCAAAGACCUGCACAAAGGAGUACGAAUUGCGGGGUAGUCACCAUGCGGAGCCGCUUAAGUUGCGACCCGGCGACAACCUGAUGAUUCCCAUUUACGCCCUGCACAAUGAUCCCGACAUCCAUCCGGAACCGGAGAUAUUCCGGCCCGAAAGAUUCCUGGAUGGCGGAUUGAGGAACUUCAAGCAGCAGGGCGUUUUCCUGGGCUUCGGCAAUGGACCCCGGCAGUGUGUGGGAAUGCGUUUGGGCCUGGCCAUGUCGAAGGCCGCUCUGGCGGCCAUUGUCCAGCGGUUCGAGGUCCUGGUCAGUCCUCGCACCCGAAACGGCACCGAAAUCGAUCCCGUCAUCUUUGUGGGGGUCCACAAGGGCGGCAUUUGGCUGCAGUUUGUUCCGCGAAAAAUCUAGACAUAAAAGAUCCAGAAAAAAGUACUUUCCUUGGGUUGGGGUAGGUCUUAAGAAGUAUUUACAUGCCCAGAUGAGGUUUUAAAAUUAAUGGUUUUUCUAUUAAGUUAGGUUUUUUCAAAAAUCAUUUUUACUUAGAUCAAUUAAAAUCAAAAUCAUAAAACACAGUGAUUUAAUGGUUCCCAACUUUAUAAGAUUUUUCAAAUAAAAUUUCUAAUUAGAUCUAUUAAAAUCAAAAUCACAAAACAGAGUGAUAUACAGCUAGGUGUCAUAAGAAAACCAUAGAUGUUGUUUUUUUUUUGUGCAAUACUUAAAUUAAAUAUUUACGAAAUGA